AAAGACUAACUAAGGCUUUUGGUUCUCAGCAACUGCCAGCUGCUAAAGAGUGUUAAAGAAGGAUAUUCCCUAGAUUAAAUAGAGUUGGAAAGUUAGCACAAGAUAAUGCGAUGAAUAGAAGGAUAAUGAUAGAUACAAAAUUUUUGUACUUUUCAGUAUACUGAAUAUAUUUAUCAUAGCUUCUUGAGUUGUGACCUUCUGUAAAAUGAAUGAUAACAGACCUAAAUAUAUUCUAAAAAGAAACUCUAUAGGACUUAUGGAAUAUCCUCCUUGAAGCAAGUGUGGCUGUGUGUGUAUGUGUGAAUUCGCGUGAAUCCUUGCUGCAUAUAUUACCCAAACGAGAAGUUGCAUUUACCGCGCACUCUGACAAAAAGCUAAGGAAAAGAAACAGAUGACAAAACAAUUUGUGUGUAUAUAUAUUUGUAAAGCUUAUAUCUGCUCGAUAGAUCAUGGCGCAUUAUCUUAAGCUGUUGCUGCAUAACACACACCACACACACCAUACAACACACACCUAUGAAGCUACAUAUACAUAAAUGCAAAAGGUUGAGCCUAGGAAUAUUUGAAGGGGUCUGCGCAGUGUGCGGACCACGUCCACUUCGGGCGUCGAUGGACGACCCGCCGGCGGGUCAAGGAGCAAAUGGAGAAAUAAAAACAAUAGGGAAGGCAAGCUAAAUUAACUUUAAACUGCAUGCAGAGAUCGAGAUCGAGUGGAUUAUACAAUUAAUUAAAAAAGAAACAAAAAAACAAACAAACAAAAUAACAUAAUAUUAUCAAUGUAAAAUCGUAUGUAAAAGCCAAGGCAGAAAAUUCUAUAAAACUGACAACAAACAACAACAAAAAAAUGAACAAAAAAUACAAAAAAGAAACUGAGAAAUAAAUACAUUUACAUAGAUGUUGCAAAAGUCAAGCCAUGCGAUCCUCCCAUGGAUUUCCGCAGACUUCUCUGUAGAUUUGCUCCUCCUGUCAGUCUCCUGUCACAGCUUCCGGAACGGCCCCAUGUUUCUGGACGCCAUCUUCUUCAUACCGACACUGUUCACCUACCUGCUCAUACUGCUGCUCACCUGCAUCCUGUGCUUCAUCGUUGUCUACAUCAGCCACAAGAUCUAUAUCUCCGUCUACGAGAAUCUGCCGCUGGCCGGGCUGCCCAACAACUCUCGCCUACAGGUGCGACCAUCUUCCAAUCAUGCGAUGACCGUACGGGAAUACCUCGAAGGAUCCUUGCGCUACCCGCGCUCCAAUCAGCCGAGCCUGCGCUCCAUUUGGAUCCAGAACCGCUCCCAGAUUCUAGAGUCCUCUUCGGUUCUGCGGAUAGUGCUCUCCCUGGAGCCCUGCUACCUGGUCAGCAUCGAGUAUAAUGUGACGCCCAGCCGAAGGGCCCUCAGUUUUCUGUGCAACUGUCAAUUGGAUGAGCCCGGCUGUGCCGCCCUUGAUCCCCAGCCCUCGGGCUCCAUCCACGUUGUCCGGUACUAUGACCACCUCACCAAUAUUCCCCGCCUGCGUGUCAUGCUCAAGUGCAACCAGCGGCGGCCGGAACCGCGCCCGGAUAGCUUUACGCAGGUAAGGCUGGACGACGUUGUUCUGGAACCGCGGGAUGCUCAGUGCACGGAUCAAGGCGCCGCCUGCCGGCCCCACAGCCAGCGGAGCUCGUGGAACGUCCGGCAACCGGAGUGAGGGUAUGGGGAUUUGGUUUCAGAUGAGAGAAGAGGCGUCAGAGAACACAGCCAUUAACGGGCUGUUGUGUGAUGUGGGCCUGAAACUCGUUUUAAUAAAGAGAAUACAAAGAUCAGGAGCCAGAGGUGGAAUUGGAGGUGGCAGUGGAGACUACAGGGUUGACGGGUGGUCGGUCAGUGGGUCGGUCGCUGAGCUCACGACAGCUUAUGGAUAUCGCGUGACAACUAGCGAAGGUGAAAGUCAGCACCCAAGCAGAGGCGUAGCCAGGGGGUGGCAACAGACCCCCGCAAGGAACCCAAACCCCCUUGGAUCGUCUUUGUUGUGGAAGAACCUGAAAAUAUAAUUAACUUCUUGCUAGGGGAAACUCCUCAAUAAAUUUGGAUAGUUGUGGAGGAAUCUUUUUCUAAAAUUAGAAAAUCUAUUUUUUGCUCACAGUAAAGGCAUUUUACAGUGCUGUGUUCAAAGUGCAGACUAUAGGAGACAUCGAAUAAUAUAUUUUCCAAAUAGAAACAAU